GGCUCUUGUCUGCAGCGCUAUCGCUAGUGAAAGUAUCACAGGAGGGACAUGCCUUUGAGAGGCUCUGGCCAUACGCCAAAUGUUGGCAACAAGGAUCCCUAUUUUGAUACACUCGAGGAACUCGACGCCUGGGCGGCAGUACCAGCAAACACUUUGACAGACAUCUUACCCUACCAUUCUCGCACAGAUGGCUCAGCGGACAGUAGAGGAAAACUAUUGGUGGGAGGGUACACGGAAAUCCCUUCGCGCCUGUGUUACACCUUCAAUUUUUGGUCGUACUGUGACAUAUUUGUUUAUUUCUCCCAUCAUCGAGUUACAGUUCCCCCAUCUGGCUGGGUGACAGCUGCGCACCGGCAAGGUGUCAAGCUUCUUGGAACUUUGAUUUUUGAAGGCUCGGGCGAAGCAGAUUGUUUGAGACUUGUUGUUGGUCUCCCUCAAUGUAAUACAGGACCUGUCGUGCAAUCAGAUUCAAUCCCUGUGUCUGCCCACUAUGCUCGCGUAUUGGCGGAUCUGGCCCGUCAACGUGGCUUUGAUGGCUACUUGCUUAACUUUGAAUGUCCUCUCAAAGGUGGCAUUGAACAGGCCAGAGCCUUAGCCGCGUGGAUCACCCUUUUGCGUUUUGAACUUGUAUCGAAAGUGGGCUCGCAUUCCCAAGUUGUAUGGUAUGAUAGUGUUGUCAUUAAUGGUCAGCUGCGCUGGCAGGACAGGCUCAACAACUAUAACCUACCUUUUUUCCUUUCUUCGGAUGCCUUCUUCACAAAUUAUACAUGGGCGCCUCAGUAUCCUUCGCUCACCGCCCAAUAUUUCCUUAGCCUUGACCAGGCAUUAAAACCAAAAUUCCUACAAGAUAUUUUCACUGGUGUUGACGUCUGGGGACGGGGAUCACAUGGCGGCGGCGGCUUUGGUUCCUACAGAGCCAUUUCUCAUAUUGACCCCGAGUUUCUUGGGCUCAGCGUGGCUUUAUUCGGUCAGGCGUGGACCUGGGAGAGUGAGCAAGAUAAGCCGAAUUGGACAUGGGAACAAUGGCUCCAAUAUGAAACCACUUUAUGGGUUGGACCUGCAGAUUCGACGGAGGUAGUCCCCGUGCCCGACAUGCCCAAGAGACCAGGACAACCUGAUUGCGAACACGGACCAUUCCAGCCGAUCUCAUCUUACUUCCCUCGAGCUCCACCUCCGGAUCCUGCUAACCUUGCGUUUUACACCUCUUUCUGCCCUGGGGUGGGUCGCGCGUGGUUCGUGAAUGGAGUGAAGGUUUUGCAGACCCAGGAUGGUUGGGCGGACAUUGAUAAACAAUGUUCUCUGGGAGAUCUGCUCUGGCCUCGCGCGAUGCCAGCAUGGGAAGGUGAUAGCCGCACUGACGAAGUGCCUACCGCGUUGCCCAAUCUAUCCAUGGAAGAUGCUUGGAAUGGAAGCAGCUCCCUGCGCCUUUCUAUCUCCACUCCUGGCACUGAAGCGGAUGACGCGUUUUUCAGGCUUAUUUGGCUGCCCAUCCAGUCCCUUCAUAUCACACCAAGCAAAUCAUAUGAGGCCAACAUCGUGUACAAGCUUGAUGCUGGAGCUCAGGUUGACAUCGACCUUGGUCUGUCUGUCAAACUUCUUUCCGAAACGGGUGAAGAAACUCUGGAAGUCAAUCCUGCCUUCACAAGUCAGAGCGACCUUCAAGGAGGUUGGGCAAGGCAGAUAAUCCAGUUCACGCUUUCACAAGAUAGCAGCAGCACGGUCACUGCUGUUGGCCUCGUUAUAGGGUUUGCCACAGAAGAUCCAUCACAGCCUUGUAAUUUCUCCGUUCAUCUCGGGCAAUUGGCAGUGUACCCCAGUCCUCCUGUUGACGUUUCACUUGGCAAACCUCAGAUCCUGUGGUCUAAAUUCCAGCGUUCUUCUAGUCCAUCGUUGAGUGGUCAGCUAACUUGGGAAACUGCUACGUCAUUUCCCCCUUUCACCAACAUCAAACUCCCAUCCGCUGAUGACCCAAAUCCAACAUGGGUCCUAGCAGAUACUAAACAAGAUUUCUCCUUCCUCUAUUUCAACAUCUACGCUGCUGUAUAUCCAGCCGAUGGUAGUACUCCUGAUCCUGCAGCAGCAAUUUUCAUUGGGACUACUGGACUGGAUGGCUAUGCAAAUAGCUUCUUCGUUAGUCUAGAAACCUUGCCGGCUGAAGUCCAGGCUGCAAAACGUGUAAGGUUUUACGUCCAGGGAGUGAACAAUCGUGGAGAGGUAUUAUCUUGGACGCGAUGUGCAUAUGUUGAUAUUUUGAUCUAGAGGGCCUAAGAUUAAGAUGACAUCACUAAAACCGUACUAUUAUUGAAGCUGUCUGUAGUGUAAAAAUACAACAUGGAAAUUAUAAACUAAAGGGAC